AAACCCUGAGUGUGAACUCCAACUUUAAGAUAAACCAUAAACCCUCUCAGCUAAGCAUAGCUGAAGAAGAAGAGGAAGAAGUAGUUACCACUUACCACUAACCAUGUCAGCUUCAAAGCUCGCACUGUACGGAUUCGGAACCACCCUGUUCCGUACCCAUCGAUUCCUCUCUUCUUCCUUUCUUCCCUUCUCUAAACCAAUCCUUUUCCCUCUCAAACCCCCGCCCCGCCGCCGCGCUUUUUCUUCAUCCACCGCUACCGCCGUCACCUCUGUCGACCAGGACAACCGCCUCCAAAUCCACCAUCCUUGGCCCGAAUGGAUCUCUUUCGUCGACCGUUUGAGUACCAAAGGCUAUCUAACCAAAUCCUCUUCUUCUGGCGAUGACGGAGACGACGCCGUUUACGUCAACAUGAACCUCUUGAAGGAUGCCUGUCUCAGCUUCGGUCGUGACCGCUACGAUCUUUUCAGGUUGCUGUCCUCGAGUGAUCUUCAAGCAAUCGUGGAGGGAGGAUGUCCUAAUCUUCUCCGAAAAGCUGUAAAUUCGGCUAAAAGGUUGAGAGCCCACCUGCAAUUAGAUGAAGGGGAUGUCUGUAGUGCUUGCCACCUGCGAGGCUCCUGUGAUAGGGCUUAUGUGAUUAUGGAGACCCUUGGAGUUGAUGCUCGAACUGUGGAUGUAGUUAGAAUACUUUUGUUCUACGCACUAGAUCCAGUUGUUCUUUCCGGUGGAGAGAAACCCUCGGGGAGAGAACUUGUUGAAUCAUCUGUGCGAAAACUUCUCUCCCAGCUGAUUGAGUUGAGCGAGUCAUCUCCUGCUCCAGCUCCUCAUGCUCCUGUUCCUGCUCCUGCUCGAUCAAAGCCCACUGCCCAAAAUGAUUUGGCAGAAGGCCAACCACUAACUUCAACAACUAGUAAAUUUUCAAAAGAAGCGGAGAUGAAGAAACAUGACUGGAUUUGCCAAAAAUGCAAUUUUAUGAACUUCUCUAGGAAUACAGAAUGCUUAAAUUGUAAAAAAAAUAAGCCAAAGGAUGUUGAUCUGCCUACUAAUCAAAUGAGUAAAGGAGAUUGGAUAUGUCCAGAAUGCAGUUUUAUGAAUUUUUCCAGAAAUUUUCAGUGUCUAAAAUGUAAGACAGAAGGGCCCAAGAGGAUCAAUCCAGAUGAAGUUGAAAUGAAAAAAGGAGAUUGGAAUUGUCCACAGUGCGGGUUCAUGAAUUUUGCUAGUAAAUCGAAGUGUUUGCGUUGCUCUGAGCAAAGACCCAAGAAACAUCCCGGGGACUGGAGUUGCUCCAAGUGUGGUUUCAUGAAUUUUGCUAGUAAAGUGAAGUGCUUGCAUUGUCAAGAGCCAAGUCCUAGUUCCAACAAAUGUCAACAUCCCGGGGAUUGGAGUUGUCCUAAGUGUAAUUUCUACAAUUAUGCAAGAAAUAAGAAUUGUCUAAAGUGCAACAUUGAACGACCUAAAGAGCAACCAACCAGUGAGCAUGAGGAGCAUGUUUGGAAAAGAUCAUAUUGAUGAAGAGAUGCCAUAGGGCGGCAUUUGCAUGGUGGAGUCAAAUGUGCAUUUUCUUUCCAAUUUGUUUUCUUGUCAUUUCAUUUGAAAGAUACACAUCGGCAAUAUAAUCGGAGAGUUAUUUGAAUGUAAUUGAUGAUGUUUAAUAUGAUCAUGUACAGAUCUAGAAGCAAAUUUAACGAUGUGUAAUGUACCAUCAUUAAUAUAUCUGGAGUUGGAUUGAAUCUCGUGAAAUGUGAAUGUUCCAACUUAAUAAGGAAGAAAUAUACGAAGACGAAAAUUCAUAUGUC